ACUUUAAAAAGAAUCCCUUUAAUGUGUAAACAGUGAGGAAAAUGUGGUAGCCCAUGGAUUAUAAUAAUUUCUAAGUACAGGUGAUGCUCACAACGAAGCAAUAGAAAAACUUCAGUGAUUCGGGUCUUUCUACCAAAAAAACUAAAAGCCUCCCCUUGCCGCACCCUUACUGUAUGUACCUUGAGAGAAAAACUAAUCCCACAGCUGAGUCUCAUCACACAGGAAUCCAGCUAAUCAGUACUUUCUUUUGCUACCUGAAAAUGUUUGGCAUCUGGAACAAGUCAGAGGAAACUACAGGGGUAUACAGGUAUGAAAUAAAAGCUUCCAGACGAUGGCGCUAAACCCUGAGCUAACUGAAGCUCGUCUGGCGAAGAGGAGACCUUGCCCGAGGGAGAACUUGCAGGCUGCAGAUGCCUGGAGGAGAUACACAGAACAGAAGAACAGCAUCCUGGGAUUCAUCUCUUCCCAGCUGAACAACGAGGCCCUGAGAAAGUACAAGCUGAGGAUGAACGUUCUGAAGAAGUGCUCAUACUACCUGGAGGUCCUGCGCAAGGAUUUCCCCCAUGGGGACCACAGCUACGUAACGAGCUCUACUAUUUUCCACCUGAUCGAUCCCUGGAGGUUCCAGAGGAUGAAGAGGAUAGGCACCAGCCAGGUGAAAAUCCAGCUCUGCCUGCUUGACGAGUUUUAUGAGCAGAUGAGGAGCGGGAAGGAGGAGCUGGAAGGCAUCAUGAAGACGUACGACCUGAGUGCCUUCCUGUCGGAGAGCAGCGUUCUCCAACACAAGCUCUCCCAGAUCUCCAGAGCCCUCUUCAACUUCAACUCGGUAAUUAUCCCAGGCAGGCUGCACAUGAAACACAGGCUGAUCUCGGACAUGGGAAAUGGCAAAAACCCUCAAGUCGGUCUGGCUGUGACCGUCAAAAUGCCGGUUGUCUUCGACAAAGAGCAGUCGGUGGCCUUCCAGGACUCCAUUAGGCUGAAGUGGGGUGUCGCGGGCCAGGCCGAGCACAACCCCACAGAGAAAUUUGAAAUCCGCUACAAGCUCCUCAAGCCUGAAACCAAGGAGGAGGGCAACCAAUAUGGCACCCUCACCGUGGACACCUGCUGCACAGAGAUCAACAGGCUCCUGCCUGAUAAAACCUACGAGUGUGCGGUGAAGAGGGCAGAGUAUUACUGUUUGAUUUAUGGCUCCUGGAACGACACCAUCCUCCUGAAAACUCAGGCCAGGCCCACGAGCAGCAGAGCCUACAGUCAGAAGAGGAGAAGAUUUUACCACUUGUAGGAGACUCUUGGAUAUACACCAUGAAACGAAUAAAUCUCCUUUUACCUAUAA